AUGACCGACAUCUUCCAACCGGCGCCUGAGCCACCCACUGAGCUGGGCAGGUAUCGGGUGCUGUCGAAAACUGCCGGUAUCAGAGUAUCGCCUUUGUGCCUUGGAGGCAUGUCCCUGGGUGAUGCGUGGUCUGAAUUCUUGGGGAGCCAAUCCAAAGAGAACGCCUUCAAGCUGCUCGAUGCAUUUGUCGAAGCCGGAGGCAACUUUAUUGACACUGCUAACAACUACCAAAACGAGCAAUCCGAGCAAUGGAUUGGAGAAUGGAUGGCAGCAAGGAAGAACCGUGAUCUGAUGGUGAUCGCAACCAAAUAUACGACUCUUUACCGCAGCUACGACCUAGGCAAAGGCAAGACGGUCAACUACUCAGGGAACCACCGAAAGUCUCUCCAUACGUCAGUCCGGGACUCGCUGAGGAAACUCCAAACCGACUACAUUGACAUAUUGUACCUCCACUGGUGGGACUACACGACAUCGAUUGAGGAGGUCAUGGACAGCCUGGACAUCCUAGUCAAGCAGGGCAAAGUCCUGUACUUGGGAAUAUCGGACACUCCGGCGUGGGUGGUAGCGGCAGCGAACACAUACGCCACGACGCACGGCAAGACCCCCUUCAGCAUAUAUCAAGGCCGUUGGAACGUGCUCCUGCGCGAUUUGGAGCGUGAUAUUAUUCCGAUGGCGCGCCAUUUCGGCAUGGCUCUGGCGCCUUGGGACGUGAUCGGCGGCGGCAAGUUCCAGUCCAAGAAGCAGAUUGAACAACGCAAACAGCAAGGCGAGGGUCUACGAAAGCUCCUCGGCCCGGGGGAACAGACUCCCGACGAAGAGAAGAUAAGCGCCGCGCUCGAAAAGGUUGCGAAGGAGCACGGUGUCGAGAGUCUAUCGGCCGUCGCGAUCGCGUACGUGAUGCACAAGGCGCCUAAUGUCUUCCCCAUCGUCGGCGGCCGCAAGAUCGAACACUUGCAAGACAAUAUCAAGGCGUUGAGCAUUAAGCUCACUGAUGAGCAGAUUGCGUUCCUUGAGAGCGUCAAGCCGUUCGACCCUGGCUUUCCUGUCAAUAUGAUCGGUGAGAAUCCGAGGUACACGGGUAAAAGCCAGCCUGCUCUCGAUGGCACUGCGAAGAUUGCCUGGGUCAAGGAGCAGUAG